AUGUACAGGUCGGAUUAUAGAGGUGCUGAAUGUGCUCGACCCGAAGCAGUGAAAUAUGCGGAUAAUCUAGCGAUACCAGAUGGCCCAUUCUCAAACAGUACAAUGUACAGGUCGGAUUACAGAGGUGCUGAAUGCGCUAGACCCGAAGCGGUGAAAUAUGCGGACAAUCUAGCGAUCCCGGACGGACCCUUCUCAAACAGUACGAUGUACCGAUCUGAUUACAGGGGUGCUGAAUGUGCAAGACCCGAAGCAGUGAAAUAUGCUGAUAAUCUAGCCAUCCCGGAUGGACCAUUCUCAAAUACCACAAUGUAUAGGUCAGAUUAUCGGGGUGCGGAAUGCGCGAGACCAGAAGCCGUUAAAAUUGUGGACAAUCUUACCAUUCCAGAUGGACCCUUUUCGAACACGACCAUGUAUCGUUCUGACUACAGGGGUCCGGAAUGUGGAAUGCGCCUAGUAAGACGCAAGAAGAUCAAACCAGCAUCUCAGGGCUGCAUGCAUCGUCCCGCCUUGGAUGCUUGUCGACAACGGGCUGCCGCAUGUAUUUGCGUACCUACCAACUGUUGCAAUUCUGCAAAAGAACCCGAGCAAAAGACGGAAGUUUGCAAAUCAGAAAAUGUUGAGUCAGCGAAAGUAAGCGCCGAGUUAAAUUCAAAUUGA